AUGGAGCGCGAUCUCACCGUACGAGCAGCGAAUAUCAAAACGUUGGGAGAGUUCCUUCCAUGGGACUACGAGUGCGACGAGUACCUCGAUUCUCUGAGGCAAAAAUGUCGCAAGAAGCAACGAACCGGAGUAGUCAACUCUCUGGUGGCGCAAAUUGUGCGUCUGGAGGGUGUGAGGAACACCCUGCAUGAGCGUUUUGUGCCCAUCGGUGCUGGAUACGGUGGAUACGAGAAGAAGGGCUACACGUGGAAGGAGAUCGAGACGGCGUUUAGGAACCGUGUGCUGACGGGUGCGGUUGUCAAUCACGACUUCAUCGAUCCUCGUAAAUUUUUGGAAGAGAUAAGAAAUACGGUUAUUGAGCGGAUCCAGAGCGUCAUGGCGGAGCGUGGGAACGUUAAAAUCAAUGCUGCGUUCAACGGGGAAUUUAUCGCGGGCGAUAAGACUGCUGUGAAGACCAUCGCCACGAAGAAUCAAGAGAUAUAUCCAACAUCUGAUCUAAACGAGUGGUACACGAAGCAUGUGGUUGACGUCAUCCUGACAUCUUUGGAGGAGUUUCAGGAACGCGACAGUGGAUGGGCGUUGUCACGUAUCCUGAACCUAACAAUCAACGUCAACAAGUUGAAUCCUCUACGCGCGGGAUGCCACAUCGAGUUACCGCGGAAAAUUAUGUUAAAAAAGGCGGUGGUCAACGUGAAAUCAAAUGAUAAUACGUGUUUCGCGUGGGCAGUCGUCGCCGCUCUAUAUCCGACGAAAAGAAAUUCGGAAAGGACGAUAGAAUACCCACAUUACUCAACGGUGCUCAACCUGUGCGGCAUAGAGUUCCCCGUGACGCUUCCGCAAAUAUCAAAAUUUGAGAAACUGAACACCAUCUCCGUCAACGUCUUUACCACCCAAGACUCCAAAAUCGUCCCUCUGCGGCUCACCGACGAUAAAAAAGAGAAGCACGUCAACCUGCUCUACGUGUGUAAAAACAACGAUGCACACUUUGCGUGUAUAAAGAACCUGCCGCGGUUGGUGAGCUCACAACUGAGCAUGCACAAAUGUAAAAAGUACAUUUGCGAUCGGUGUCUACACUACUUUUAUACACGGGAGAAGUUGUCAGUCCACAGCGUCGAUUGCGGCAAGAUGAACGAUUGCGCCGUCAUUCUCCCCAGCGAGGACGACAAGUGGCUAACGUUCAGCAACUACAACCGGAAGGAGCGGCUCCCGUUUGUAGUGUACGCCGAUCUCGAAUGUACGCUCGAGAAGAAGGAUGGACAAGACGGCACCACAUACGUCUAUCAGCAUCACAAUGUGUUUAGCGUAGGAUAUUAUGUAAGUUGCACGUACAAUAAUUCUUUAUCCGGGUAUAAGUCGUAUCGCGGUGAGGAUUGCACAGCGUGGUUCGUCAAUGAACUGCACGAUUUGGCGCACCGCGUGAAAGCGAUCCGCACCACCGUCGUCCCCAUGGCGGAUCUUACGCCGGAGGAAUCGGAAAAAUUCCGUAGCUCCGCGACGUGUCACGUGUGCGAGAAACCGUUUACACCGGAUGAUACGCGGGUGCGCGAUCAUUGUCAUCUUACCGGGCGUUACCGCGGUGCCGCGCACUCAUCGUGCAAUUUAAAUUACAAAGACUCCCACGUUAUCCCAGUGAUAUUUCACAAUUUAUCCGGUUACGACGCGCAUUUCAUCAUCAAAGAUGUUGCCAAUGCUUUCGAAGGCAACAUUGAUUUACUGCCGCUGACGAAAGAACGUUACAUUUCAUUUACAAAAAAUGUUAAAGAUACGGAGGAUGAAAAAUCAAAAUUGUGUAUAAAAUUACGAUUCAUCGAUUCAUUCAGAUUUCUCGGUACAAGUCUACAAAAAUUAACAUCAUAUUUAACUAUAGAUGAAUUAAAAAUUUCACGAUCGGAAUUUAGCCAUUUAUCCGCGGAACAUUUCAAUCUGCUUACUCGGAAAGGUGUGUUUCCCUACGAGUACGUCGACAGCGUCGACAAGCUCCGGGACACAAGCCUACCAUCGCGCGAAUCGUUUUACAGCUCGCUCACCGGAGAAACGGUAUCCGAGAGCGAUUACGCGCACGCGACAAACGUCUAG